AUGUAUACGAACAGAUUCUGCUCGAUCUUCCUAAUCUUCCUAAAUUUGCAAACGAUAGUUGCCGUCUUCGACCUGAAUCGAACACCUUCUCCUGAACCUCCAGAAGAACAGACUCCGCAAGCUCCAGCCGCUCAGUCAAAUCCGACAAGGAAGGAUAUUACAGAACUUAAAAGAAGCUCACGAGCACCAGGAAUUCAAGCGAGUGCAAUAGCAAUAGCUUCAGGCUAUCCCAAAGGCUCUAAAGAAUACAAAAAAGUCUAUUUUCAUCAUUACCACUCGAUUAGAAGACAACAAAAAGAGCAAUUUUUCGAAGGAAGAGUUGCAGAUCCCAAAUUGGCUUUAAAACAAGAAAAGCAACGUAAGAAUGAAAGUAUCGCAAAAGCAAAUAAAGCAAGAGCAGAACGUAGGCGUGCUGGCACACUUACACCGGCUGACGAGUGGUAUUACGAACGAUGCGCAAAAUGGCAAAGAGAAAAAAACAGGAAAAAUCCCGAAUACAAAAGAAAAAGGAAUGCAGAUGCACGGGAGAGGAAAAGAGCCAGAUUGGCAGAACAAAAAGAAAAAGCUAACAAAGAAAAGCCAGCUGAUGACAAAUAA